CAGUUGAAGAUUUGAGGGAGGUUGCCUGCUCCACAAGUCGCCAUUGUUGCCCAGCGGAAUCACGGUGCGUUCGAAGCUUCCUCCUACAGCUCAUUUGCAGAUCGUCAUCGAUGACAUAGAGGAAGACGAAGACGAAGACGAAGAAAGGACGAAGUAUUUUUAUAGCGUGAUCUCCCCUUCCGUCUCUCCACCCCUCUUCCCGUCGUCCCCGGGGCUGUCCUCCUCCUAAAUCCAGCAUUGCUGUUUAGGGCAUCGCUUUCCUCCCUUCCCUUCGUGCCAGAAGCCUGGAUUCGAGGUCCGGCGAUCGGGUUCCAUACAGGUGUUUGUCCUCUUUCCUCAACUGUAAUUCUGUUCCUAAGCAUCUGAUCUGAACAUGACGGCUGAUUCUGAACAAAGCACUAAUGCCCCAUUGAUCCGAAAAUCUUCCUCCCACCUCCCUGAUUUUAAGCAAUCAGUCAAGCUCAAGUAUGUCAAGCUUGGUUACCACUACCUAAUCAGCCAUGGAAUGUACCUAUUCCUUUUGCCCCUCGUUGCCGUCGUCACAGCACCGCUCUCCACCUUCUCCAUCAAGGAUUUCCAUGACCUUUGGGAUCAUCUCAGAUUCAACCUGAUCUCUGUGAUCCUUUGCUCCACGCUUCUUGUCUUCCUCUCCACCGUCUACUUCCUCACACGCCCCAGACCCGUGUAUUUGGUUAACUUUGCCUGCUACAAGCCCGAAGAUGCACGGAAAUGCACCAGGCAAAUAUUCAUGGAUAGAUCUAUUCAAACAGGCUCCUUUUCAGAAGAGAACCUUGCGUUCCAGCGAAAGAUUCUCGAAAGGUCUGGUCUUGGUGAAUCUACUUACCUCCCUGAGGCUAUCCUCAAUGUUCCUCCCAACCCUUGCAUGGCCGAGGCCAGGAAGGAAGCUAGAACGGUCAUGUUUGGCGCCAUUGAUGAACUUUUGGCAAAGACAAAUGUCAAACCCAAGGACAUUGGCAUCUUGAUAGUGAAUUGUAGCUUGUUCAAUCCGACACCCUCUCUUUCUGCCAUGGUAGUGAAUCAUUACAAGCUUCGAGGAAAUAUUGUCAGCUACAAUCUUGGUGGAAUGGGAUGCAGUGCUGGUCUCCUCUCUAUUGAUCUCGCCAAGGACCUUCUUCAACUCUAUCCCAAUUCCUAUGCUCUGGUUAUCAGCAUGGAGAACAUCACUUUGAACUGGUAUUUCGGUAACAACCGUUCCAUGCUCGUUUCCAACUGUUUGUUCCGCAUGGGAGGUGCUGCAAUUCUUCUAUCCAACAAGAGGUCGGAGCGUAGGCGUUCAAAGUACCAAUUGGUGCACACCGUGCGCACUCAUAAGGGUUCUGAUGACAAGUGCUUCAGCUGUGUCACCCAGGAAGAGGAUGAGCAUGGAAAGGUCGGUGUGUCUCUUUCAAAAGAUCUGAUGGCAGUUGCUGGUGAUGCCCUCAAGACCAACAUCACUACCCUAGGUCCGCUUGUCUUGCCCAUGUCUGAACAGUUGAUCUUUUUCGCUACAUUGGUGGCCAAGAAGUUACUCAAAAUGAAGAUCAGGCCUUACAUUCCGGAUUUCAAGUUGGCCUUUGAGCAUUUCUGCAUUCAUGCCGGAGGAAGGGCCGUUUUGGAUGAAAUAGAGAAGAACUUGCAGCUCUCUGAAUGGCAUAUGGAACCAUCAAGGAUGACCCUCUACAGGUUUGGAAACACUUCAAGCAGCUCCUUGUGGUACGAACUGGCAUAUUCAGAGGGGAAAGGAAGGAUCAAGAGCAAGGAUAGGAUUUGGCAAAUAGCAUUUGGCUCUGGAUUCAAGUGCAACAGCGCUGUCUGGAAGGCUCUGAGGACGGUCAAUCCUGCAAAGGAAAAGAACCCAUGGAUGGAGGAAAUUAACAAUUUUCCAGUUGCAGUUCCAAAGGUUUCUGCGCUUUGAAGGAUUUGAUUAUUAGAUUUAAGGGAAAAAAAAACAUUGGUUCAUUUGGUGGAUUAGGAGGCUAGGGUGAUGCUUUACCUAUUUAUUUUGGUUUUAAUGCAGACGUUUUGUCACUAAAACUUGUCAUAAUCCAAUUUCUGCUGCAUGACUUGUUUUCUGGAUUUGA